UGGUUGACCGCUCUGGGCUCUCGGCUAUGUGCGAAGACACGCACAAAACACCAAAGCAGCAGCGCUACUGAAUCUAAUGCCCGCAUUCUACAAGGACCAGCAAGCUGAUCGCUUCGAAAACCAUCCUACUUUCUCUCUUUCUCUUACGUUCUUUCACUCUCUCACUCCUUUUUCCAGUUGUACUUGUGUUUAUAGAGGUGGAGAAAAGGAAAUACCCUCUCUAUCUCUCUCUCCCACUCCUCUCUCUCUUUCUUUCUCUCUGUCCUAUGGUGGGAUAAACAUUGAAGGGAUGAGCGUGUGAUACAGCACCAGAUCUGAGUGACCUGACAGCUCUAAUCCUGUUCUGACAAGAAGAAAUGCUGCCAGUUGAAGUCUAGUCUCUGAUAGCAGUAGAGAGCAUCCAGACUACUUCCUGGAAGAAUACAAGACUUCCCUGAUCUGGUUCAUCAGACAGAGUGACUUGCCACGCUCCGACUGUCCCCUUCUCCCCACAGAAUCAAACACCUGUGUGGUUGCAGUGAGACCUCACCUCUGCUCAGCCACAGCUGUACAUGGAGACCCCCAGCUGGGCAGAAACCAAACCAGGAAACGGGCUGUGUAAAACAGGAAGCAUUGCUCUCUUUGGAAACGUAGUGUACAGUGGGCUGCUGAACGAUCACUUCUGGCAUUUCGGGGUGCCCCUUGUCACAAGACUGGGUAACCAGGAGGCCCCAGCUCCCCCAGAAGCCAUGGCUCAGCCGUACGCCCCAGCGCAGUAUCCUCCCCCUCCACCUCAGAACGGGUUGCCUGGCGAGUACACCCACCCUGGGCAGGACUACACAGGGCCCAGCCCAGUCCCUGAGCAUGCUGCAGCCCUCACUAUCUACACACCCACACAGACACACAGCGAGCCACCUGGCACUAACAGCAGCACGCCUUCCCUCACAGGAACUAGCAGCAUACCAGUCUUUAUAGGCGACUGCUCGCUAGCGGAUGAUGUGGCACAGACAGACGGAUCUCACCAGCUUCAGCUUCAGCCCACAAAUUCUUCCGAGAAGCAGCAGCCCAAACGGUUACACGUCUCCAACAUUCCCUUCCGCUUUCGUGACCCAGACCUCCGGCAAAUGUUCGGGCAAUUUGGGAAAAUUUUGGAUGUGGAAAUUAUUUUUAACGAGCGGGGCUCUAAGGGUUUUGGUUUUGUAACUUUCGAAACGAGCGCAGAUGCAGACCGUGCACGGGAGAAACUAAAUGGUACAAUCGUAGAGGGACGCAAAAUCGAGGUAAAUAACGCAACAGCACGAGUAAUGACAAACAAAAAAGUGGCCAACCCGUAUACAAAUGGCUGGAAGCUGAAUCCAGUGGUGGGAGCUGUCUAUGGUCCUGAAUUUUAUGCAGUGACAGGCUUCCCCUACCCGACCACAGGGGCGACAGUGGCGUACAGGGGUGCCCACUUAAGAGGCAGAGGUCGUGCCGUCUACAACACGUUCCGUGCUGCACCUCCACCCCCUCCCAUUCCUGCUUAUGGAGCUGUGGUAUACCAAGAUGGCUUCUACGGUGCUGAGAUCUAUGGUGGCUAUACAGCAUACAGAUAUGCCCAACCAGCCGCAGCAGCUGCAGCAGCCUACAGUGACAGCUAUGGCAGAGUCUAUGCAACAGCAGACCCGUAUCACCACACGAUUGGACCUGCAACCACGUACAGCAUGGGCACUAUGUAAAUAUAAAGAAAGAAGACAAAGUAGAAGAGAUGGACAUCAGCUUAAAAGGAACAAAAUUAUAAAGGAAAAAAAGAGUGUCAAUUAAAAAAAAACACACAAAAAGAAGAGGAAAUCCUUACACUGGGGCUGUCAGGAAAAGGCAUUAUUCAUCUCUGUGGGGACGCAAGACUGACACAGCCAAGCUGUGGAUGGGAAGUGGGGUUAGCUUUCACCUGGGACAGCCUUUUGGAGAAGAGGAGAGGUCAUCAUAAAACUUUUUAUUUUUCUAAACUUUUUUAAGUUUAUGGUUUCAAAAAGAUGAAAAAGAUGAGUGUAUAUCUAUAUAGCGAUAUAUAUGUAUGUAUAAAUAUGUUAUAAAAGAGAAAUGAAGAAAAAAAAACACUAUAGCAACAGAGUGAUGAAUUAGCACUGUAGGAUGGGGGCUGGGGGGUGUACGUGUUGUUCCUUCACACCCCCCACCACCCUCCCACCGCAGACCUCCUUGUGCUGCCUGCAUCUAGAUAGUGGGUGGCAUCAAGGAGGGUGGUCGGAGAGGCUGAGGGCCCAAUAGACACGAUUCCAUGUGGCCACUUUUCAUCCGAAGCCCUUUGAAUAUGGCACGGAUGGGUCUUCCAUUGGCAGGAUUGUAUGGGUUCAACUUCCUAUUGAGCUGAAUUGCUUCCUUGGGAAAAUGUCAAAGGCCUUUAGUCGCUACUGUAUGGGCAGCGAAAUAUCCUUUUUCUAACCAUCCUGUCUAGAUGUUAAAUUAAGGCGUACAAACUUGCAUGGGACUUCAAAUUUCCAUCAGAAGAUCCACUUUACAAAAAUGUUAUGAACAAUUACAUAACUCCAAAACAUCAGGUUGCAUUGUUGUGAAAGUCUUUUAUCAAGCUAUUCAGGUGUCAUACUGAAUGAGACAAGCAAAGACAAUGUAAAUAUACAAACAGAGCCAAGUCGACAAUAGACAGUCUCAUAGUAGGAAAGGGGGGCACCAGUAGUUCUCAAGACCCAUCAUCGCUGUCAUCCCUCUGUUGUUUGUAGCACAAUAUAAAGUUGCCCAAUGAGGUGAAACACAGGUUUUACAAGGAUGUGUGUGUGUUCUUGUGUGUGAGGAUGUGGAGUUUGAGGCAGUUAUGGGCUGAAAGGGGCUUUAUAGAGUUGUGUUGGGUGCAGCAGCCUCAGAGCCCAGGGCUACCAAAAAGCAUUUCAUUGUAGUGUUGUGGAGGUGGCUGUGCUGUGUAGUAAACACUUUUGUAUGUGGUAUCAGGGAGCUACAAAUUAAGAAAAUUGGAUCUGUCUGCUCGGUAUUGUGACAGGAGUUUCACUAUCCAUCUUGGAAUUGGGUUCCCGCACGCCGCAAGGUGGAUAACAGCGUGAAACGAGCGGUGGAUUGGUAAUGGGGUUAGUGAGCAAAGUUUUAGUAAAGAUCUGUUACCUUUAUACUUCUACCGAGCUCCAUUUCAGUGACAUCCUUAUAUAUUUCAACGUUGUACUAAUUACAUGCUGCUCAGCGUGGUCAAACGUCGAUUGUAGCCAUUUACUAAUGUUGUAUUAUUGUAUUACCAGUAUGAAAAACAUUUAUAUAUGGGUAUAUCUAUUUGUGAUUUUGCGACCCUUCAAGAGGAUUGUAUCUUUUUGUUUUCAAUGGUGGUCCAGGUUUAUUUUUUGGUGGCAAUUUAUGCAAGUAUCAAGAGAUUUUCACUUGUGUGGCAUUGUUUCUGUUUGUCUGUAUCUUGGGUUCAGCUAUUGAAUGUAAUUCAACUUUUUACGUACAUGUCUUUUUAAGCAGUACUUUGUAAAUGUGUGGACAUGGUAAAGCAAGUCUUUGUUCUGAAGCUGGACCUGAUGGAGACACGGACCAGCGGACACCUCUAUUUUAUAACAGGAGCACUCCAGUCAACUAAUGGACAUCCUGACCCUACAGGACAAUGACAGAAAGACAUAAAAUGAUCGGAAGAGUCGGAAUGGUUUACGGAUGUGUUCUAACCAGAGUGUAAUUAUGCUCUUUGAUUUAUAUCGAAACAUUUUUUCAAAUCUUUUUCUUUUCCUUGAUGCAAAUGGUGAACAAUUGACCCACAUUUAGAAGUCUUCUGAUAAGAGUUGUCAUUCUAUAAUAUAUGUAAAAAAAAAAAAAAAAAAAAAAAAAAAUGGGAAUAUGUUAUUGAUGUGGAACAUGGUUGAUUUUCUGGGAAAGAAAUGCACUGUAAAAAUGUUUUGUUUGGUAGCCUAAAAAUGUGCUUUAUCUCAGUCACCAUUCACAUCUUUGUCCAUGCAAUGAAAGUGAAUGGUGACUGAGGCCUAUCAUCUCCUUUUGUGUUCCACAUAAGUAAGUAAUUCAUACUACUUUGGAACAACAUGAGGCAUAGUAAAUUAUUUUUGGGUGAAUUACCCCUUUAAUAUGACUGUAUCGACCUGACUGCAUAAGGUUACACCAACAAAAGUCAUCUUAAUGGUCAGAUCAGGUAGUAAUAGCUCCGUAAAUUAACAACUGCACGUUUUCAAUUUUUACAGUGUGUAUUUUGGCAUAGUGAGAAGGAAUUGUACAUUAAAAAAACAUAUAAACAAUCCAUCUCUACAGACAGCAUUCCCAAGCUUUGCAAAAUCAUGUGCUUCCUUGGACUCAGGUGUUACAUGACAGAACCGAUGUGUUCCCUUCCAUAGAUAAUGAUCUAACUCCUCUGUGCUGCAUUUCUCCUCUCAGAACAAAACUUUAUUUUCUACAAAGCUGGUGACUCCUAUCUUAGCGACUGUACUACUUUGUUACUUAAAGGAUCAUCAAAGACAACCAUUUCCUUGAGAUUGGAGGCAUUCAUUCGCUGGUCAGUUGGUUAAUGAUGCAUUAGCCGUGGUGGAUGGGAGCUUGUGUGGCCAAGACGCAUUGUUUCAGGGACACUAUAAGCCGAGCGGCGGAUUCUGCUCUGGAGGAGACUUUGACUGAACAACCUAACAAAAAGAUGUCAAUUCUACAGAGAUCCGAGACCUCUGGGUUUAUUUCUUUGCUUUAGUAUGUAUGAGACAUUACUUGUUUACAUGUCCUGUAUAUGUCAGCUUUUGCACUGUAUUCUUUGGCUUGCUGUCUUCUCUAUGCUCUCCUUUUCCUAUAAAACAAAGCAAACCCCACCUACCUGAGCACCAGAGCCAUUCACCGUCUUCCUCAACCCAAAGCAGAGAACCAAUGCAAAAUGUAGUCUGGUUAUUGUCUCUCCUCUGAAACCCAAGAAAGCAUGUAUCUCCCACUUAUUCCUUCAUCCAAAACAUCCUUCAAAUACAGCUAUUUUAAGGCCAGCUAUGCAGUUCACCUAUUGUCUGCACAGCAACAGUUCCCUUGAACUUCAUUCAAACACAACCAAGCCAAUGGAAAAGACAAACUUAACCUGGCAAAUGUUUAUCCCAACCCCAUUCAUCACACAAAAAUGGAAAAAAACAAAUCUCCUGCCAACCUGAUUUCCCUCAUUGUCAUUGCCAGAUCCCCGAAGCACAAAAGUUUGAAUGGAAGUCGAGUUAGAUGACUCAGUGAUGUUACUGUACUCCCAUUUAGUGAGUGUGAGCGUGUAUGCGUGUAUGUGUGUGUGCGUGCUUCCAGCCCCUUUGUUUUCUACUGAAAAUAUACAAAAGCUACUUCCUCUUAUCAUCUCAAUAUAAGAUGUAUUAUAUUAGAAAAAGGUUCUCUUCAUGUGCAACACAAGCUCUACGCAGCAACAAAUCUAUUUUAAUUAUUCAGUUUUGUUUUGUUUGUUAGUUUUUGUUCAGUUUGUUUCAGUCUUUCUUUCUAAUUUUUAAGUUGUUCCAAAUACAUACAAGUAAAGGGGGGGGAGGGGGGGGAGUAAAGAAAAAAGAAACCAAUAUAAAGUAUUCUAUCUAAAAAUGAAAUGACUAAACUUCUGCUGUCCUGGCUCUGUACUCUCUAAAUUUCAGUUUUCUUUCUAUAUGCAUCCAAUGUGCUUCAGACAACCAGUACUGUUUAUUAAUGAAUCAUUAUAUUAUUAUGAUUAUUAUUAUUAUUAUUAUUACUAUCAUGAUUAAUAUGGUUAUAAAUAAAUAUUUCUUUCUUCAGUAA